AGACUAUUCCAAAAUGCAUUAAUAACAUGGGGCAUUCGACGCAGCAUGUUAUUACCAGACCAGUUAUCACAAGUCGAUCACAACCAAACGAAGCACAUUUGACCCACCUGCAAGAAUCUGCGUCGGAGUGUAGCCUGGUUAUUUUGGCUACCCAUGCGCUAGGACCGUGGGGAAGUAGCCUAACCUGUGCUGCUGAGAAACAGUGUGCAUUUAUUCACAUGUAACCACAACAGUGUUUGUCAUUGCACUGCAGAAGUGCAAGUGCUAGAGACUCAGGACUCAGGAUAAGGAAGUUGAACUAGCGCUUUAGCAAAGAAUUGCGAAAAGAUAAUCUAUCAUUUUGGUUACACAGUAAAAAUUAAACGCAAAGGACGCGCUAUGGGAGGAUUCCAUUCGGUACCUCAAGAUCAUAGAUACAGAGACUUUGCCGACAAGACUGGAUUUUCUCUCGAGCAAAUUGGGAACCUACACAAUCGUUUCAAACAGCUGAGCCACAAUGAAGACACACUUCGGAAAGAUGACUUAAAUAAAAUCCCAGACCUCGCCUGCAAUCCCAUUCGAGCACAGAUUAUAGAGGCCUUCUUUGACAAAAGAAACUUUCAGUCCCAUGGUGGGGGAACUGUAGAGGAGAUUGGCUUUGAAGAGUUCCUCACUGUCAUGUCAUACUUCAGACCCCCAUCACUGAAUAUGACUGAGGAGCAGCGUGAAGAGCUGAGGAGAGUCAAACUCCGCUUUUUGUUCAACAUGCAUGACACUGACAACGAUGGAACUAUAACCCUGGAGGAAUACAGACAUGUGGUGGAGGAGCUGCUCUCCCGAAGUGGUGCUCUGUGCAGAGAGACAGCCAAAGGCAUUGCAGACGCUGCCAUGCUGGAGGUGGCCAGCAUCUCGAUGGGGCACAUGGAGCCAGAUGAAUUCUAUGAAGGGAUCACAUUUGAACAUUUUUUGACGAUCCUGAAGGGGAUUGAGAUUGAGAGCAGAAUGCACAUCCGAUUCUUAAACGUUGACACCACCGUCCUCUGCAAGUGAACACGGCCCUCCUCCCAUGACAGCAGUACUGUUACAUGAAGUACACUUUUUGGGUGUAUAAUAAUGCACACUAUAGACUCGAGUCAUCUUUCUCUGCAUUAUGCAAAUGUGUCAGAUAUGAUGAUGAUGGUUUUGUUUUAGUGGAUAUGACCAAUAUUUGUUUUAGAUAUAGUCUAGUAGAUGAGUACAAAUUGGAAGCAUUUUCAAGAAACAGGGUGAUCCAGUUCAAAACCAGAUUGAUA